CCAUUUUGUUUUGUUAUUCAUUUUCAUUUUCAGAGAUCGAGCAAUGGCAUCUGCAAUAGUUCGUAGAAACAUCACCCACAACUUGAAAAAGCUCCCGUUUUUAUCUUCUUCGCUUUUCAAUAAUAAGCACUUAUUCAACGUUGAACCUUCCGGUUCCGUUUCCUUUCAUUCAGAAACCGUUGCUGGUGGUGGUGGACUGCCAUCUUACAUGCGUGGAGCUGUUUAUUGGGAACCUAACAAACCUCUCACCAUUGAAGAAUUUCACAUUCCUCGCCCCAAAGCCGGUGAACUUCUCAUCAAAACCAAAGCAUGUGGAGUGUGCCACUCUGAUCUUCAUGUCAUGAAAGCUGAAAUUCCGUUUGCAACUCCUUGUGUUGUAGGGCAUGAGAUUACUGGUGAAGUUAUUGAACAUGGACAGAACACCGAUUCCAAAACCAUAGAAAGGCUUCCGGUUGGAUCUCGAGUUGUUGGGGCCUUCAUCAUGCCUUGUGGUAAUUGCUCUUAUUGUUCAAAGGGCCAUGAUGAUCUGUGUGAAGCUUUCUUUGCUUAUAACCGGGCUAAAGGAACCCUCUACGAUGGUGAAACUAGACUAUUUCUUCGAAGCAGUGGAAAACCGGUAUUCAUGUAUAGUAUGGGAGGGCUUGCGGAAUACUGUGUUGUGCCAGCAAAUGCAUUGGCUGUGUUACCAAGCUCAAUGCCGUAUACUGAGUCUGCAAUUCUAGGAUGUGCUGUUUUUACUGCUUAUGGUGCCAUGGCUCAUGCGGCUGAAGUGCGUCCGGGUGAUUCUGUUGCUGUUAUUGGAACUGGGGGUGUUGGUUCUAGUUGUUUGCAGAUCGCUAGAGCAUUUGGUGCCUCGGAUAUAAUUGCUGUUGAUGUUCAGGAUAAUAAGCUAGAGAAAGCAAAAACACUCGGUGCUACUCACACUAUAAAUUCGGCAAAGGAAGAUCCCAUUGAAAAGAUACUCGAAAUUACUGGUGGAAAAGGCGUUGACGUUGCGGUUGAAGCCUUGGGAUUACCACUGACAUUUGCUCAGUGCACACAAAGUGUGAAGGAUGGAGGAAAAGCAGUGAUGAUUGGACUGGCAAAAGCUGGUUCUUUAGGAGAGAUCGAUAUAAAUAGACUUGUUCGCAGAAAGAUAAAAGUAAUUGGGUCAUAUGGAGGCAGGGCUAGACAAGAUCUUCCAAAGUUAAUUAGAUUAGCAGAAACAGGAAUCUUCGACCUUGGCCAUGCUGUUUCAAGAAAAUACACUUUUGAGGAGUCUGGCAAAGCAUUCCAGGAUCUAAACGAAGGAAAAAUCGUCGGCCGAGCUGUAAUCGAGAUCGUAUAGCUCUACGUUCCAGGCAAUGCUUUUGUGCAAGACAACCAAGUUUCUGUCUCACGCAUUGGAGUGGCAAAGGGGUUGGUGUCCUGAGAACACAUAUAGGUGUCUUCUAUUCUCAUGUGUUAUCUGUCCUGAUAAAAUAACUGUAUUUGUAAGGACAUUUUCAAAUAAACACACUUUUUGCUUCA